AUUCCAAGGGGCAUAAGAGGUUGAAGUUAUCUUAUGAUAUGCACAGAGAAACUUUACAGAAGAAACCAAGUUCAACCGCUGCAAUUGUUGAUUACUCUGAUCCGUUGGCUAUACAAAACUUGCUGGAUGGAUUAGAUUAUGAUGGUAAAUAUGGAAGUGUUGCCAAAGACAUUAAGGCAUUUAAUGCUCAGAUUCAUCAAGUACUGAACCCCUUAUUUGCAAGAUACCCCCCUUUGUCAAACAAAUACUUUAAAGAGGAAAGAAGGCAAAGUCAAUUGGAUCCUGAAUUAGCAGUUCAACCAGCUCCUCCGGCAGAAAUUAAUGUCAUUGAUUUGGAGGAUGACACUGUUGACAUAAAUGCCCCAGCAGCAUCGUCGGCUAUUGUAAUCAUCGAUUCAGAUGAGGAACCAAGUGAAGAUCGGAGGCCUUCUUACUCUUUCCAGGAGAUUUUUAUGACACAACCGUCUUCCAAGGAUGUCAUUCUGCCACAGCCAUCUGAACAAGUUUUGAGGAGGGACCUUGGGGUAUGUUCGACUCAUACGUCUUAUGAGAUAAUGAGUAAAACUGAAUCAAAUACAGAUCCAGGUGUUUAUGUGGCUGUAGAAGAUGAAGAAAGUACAGAAGAGGAUGAUGGUUUAGGAGAUGCAUGGAUGGAAAUGUCCAUGGUAUUAGAAUCUUCAAAGGAGGUCGCUGUGGAUCCUUUCUCUGAAGAAAGAACGAGUGAAAAUGACUGUGAUCAUUCUUUUGUCUUAAAAGAUGAUCUUGGAUAUGUUUGCCGAAUCUGUGGAGUCAUUGACAAAGGAAUUGAUCAGAUAUUUGAGUUUCAGUAUAACAGGGUCAAAAGGAGUACAAGAACGUACAUGCCAGAUUCUCGAAAUGGGAAAGACAGAGAUUCAGCUGAAAUGGAUGGUGUUAAACUUUCAGAAGAUGGUUUGAUCAUAACUGAAAUAUCUGCUCACCCAAGACACAUGAAGCAAAUGAAAUCUCAUCAAGUGGAGGGUUUCAAUUUUCUUGUUAGCAACUUGGUUGGUGAUAAUCCUGGUGGUUGCAUCUUGGCCCAUGCUCCAGGGUCCGGAAAAACAUUUAUGAUAAUUAGUUUCAUGCAAAGUUUCCUGGCUAAGUAUCCAAAUGCUAGACCACUGGUUGUUCUUCCUAAAGGAAUAUUGGAUACAUGGAAGGAGUUCAAAUAUUGGCAAGUGGAGGAUAUUCCUUUGUAUGACUUCUAUGAGGCCAAAGCAGACAAUCGGUCACAGCAGCUUGAGGUGUUGAAGAAGUGGGUCGAUCAGAAAAGUAUCCUGUUCUUAGGGUACAAACAGUUCUCCUCUAUUUUUUGUGAUCGAGAAACUAACCAGAUAUCAACUUCAUGUCAGGAGAUAUUGCUUAAGGUUCUGUCAAUUCUUAUCAUGGAUGAAGGGCACACCCCUCGGAAUGACAAUACUGAUGUGUUCCAGUCCAUUGCAAGAUUGCAGACUCCUAGGAAGGUUGUACUUUCUGGAACGAUUUAUCAAAAUCACGUGAAGGAAGUAUUCAACAUUCUGAAUCUGGUUCGUCCCAAGUUCUUAAGAUCAGAAACUUCCCGACCCAUCAUCAAGCGAAUAAUGAGUAGGGUGCAUAUACAAGGUGCUAGGAAGCAGUUCAAAGCUGGUGCUGAUGAUGUUUUUUAUGGUCUAGUGGAGGACACUCUCCAGAAGGAUAAGGAUUUUAGAAGGAAAGUGACAGUCAUACAUGAUUUGCGUGAGAUGACCAGCAGGGUUCUUCAUUACUAUAGUGGAGAUUCCCUGGAUGAGCUUCCCGGACUCAUUGAUUUCACUGUGGUACUCAAUCUAAGCGCCUGGCAGAAGGAUAAAAUCCAGAAGGAAUUCAAGAAGUUUGCAAGGAAGUUCAAGCAAAGUUCAGUUGGCAGUGCUGUUUAUCUGCACCCAAAACUUUACUCCGUUUCUAAGGACUGGAAACACAUUGAUUCAAAUGAAAAAAUGGAUGAAUUGGUCGAGACCAUAGACCUGAAUGAAGGAAUCAAGGCAAAAUUCUUUAUGAAUAUUCUUAGGUUGUGCGAAUCAUCUGGUGAGAAACUAUUGGUUUUCAGUCAAUACCUCCCACCUUUGAAGUUUUUAUAGAGAUUAACUGCCAAAACAAAGGGUUGGAGUCCUGGGAGAGAAAUGUUUGUGAUCACAGGGGAAUCAAAGUCUGAGAAUAGGGAGUGGUCCAUGGAGAGAUUUAACAAUUCCCCUGAUGCUAAGGUCUUCUUUGGUUCGAUCAAGGCAUGCGGAGAGGGUAUAUCUUUAGUAGGGGCUUCACGAGUCUUGAUUUUGGAUGUUCAUCUUAAUCCCUCUGUGACACGGCAAGCAAUUGGCCGUGCAUUUAGACCUGGUCAAAAGAGGAAAGUAUUUGUAUGUAGAUUGGUAGCUGCUGAUUCCCCCGAAGAAGAAGAUCAUAGUACUUGCUUCCAGAAAGAGUUGAUUGCCAAGAUGUGGUUCGAAUGGAAUGAAUAUUGUGGCUAUCGGGAUUUUGAAGUGGAUACUGUUGAUGAUGUGAAGGAGUGUGGUGAUUUUUUUCUUGAAAGUCCAGCAUUGGCGGAAGAUGUGAAGGUUCUGUACAGAAGGUAGGUCCUUCCAUUACAGUAGAGCUGAGGUACAGAGUAGGGAAAUUUGUCACAGUAGGUGCUGUUAGCUUUAGUCAGUGUGGUUCUGAACAUAUCUUAGUUAGCUUUAGUCUUUUUUGAAGCAGAGUCAUCUCUGAAGUAUCUUAUGAAUGAGAACAGUGGAUUUUCACAUGUAAAAAAUUAUUGAGAAUUUCAAAAUUCGGAGGGUGCUGUUUCGGAUGAU